UGGGUAAAGGAAGUGCGGUGUGUGUAAUCAACAUGUUGGGGGGAUCCAAUAAUAAGGUGAAGUAUGGACUUCAAUUGGCAGUCCAGAAGAAGAAAGGGAAGGAAGAGGAGGGACUGAAAGGAAAGCUGUCCGUACCUCCACCUCGAGUGGCUUCCAUCUUCUCUCAAGAUGAUCAUGAUGAGGAUGAUGUAGAGGCAGAGAUCGAGCGUCAGGCAAGCAAGAAGCGUGCUCAGAAGGAAAUAGAACUCCUGCAUGCCAAAGCAUUGCAGGAGAAUCCGUUGGCAUUUGAAUACGACGCUGUGUACGAUGAGAUGACGGAGAAGAAAAUGAAACCGAAGACAGAAGAGAUGGUGUCGCGAAAGCCAAAAUAUAUUGGGACAUUGCUGGAGAAAGCCAAGCGACGGGAGAUGGAGCAAGAAUUGGUGCGAGAAAGAACGCUGCAGAAGGAGAGAGAAAGGGAGGAGGGCAUGUACGAAGGAAAAGAGAAGUUCGUAACGAGUGCAUAUAAGAAGAAGCUUGCGGAGCAGGCUAAGUGGAUCGAGGAGGAGAAGCGACAAGAGGAGCGUGAAAAGGCUGAAGAUGUAACAAAGCGAAAAGACCUUAGUGACUUUUACCAUAAUCUGCUUUCGAAGAAUGUAGCGUUUGGUCGUGAAAGCACUUCUGUCCCUCGGAGCCCAAAGACUGGUCACAUGAGCAUGUCGGAGUGCCGAAAGGUUGGAAGUGCAGUAGGUCUAGCAGCUCCUGCAACAACAAGUGCAGCGACCAGGCAAAUCGAGCGCAACGAGAGGCAGGAUGUACCAUCGUCCCCAAGUUCAGGAGUUGAGAGGACGAGGACUAGGAGGAGACCUGGGGUCAGAGAAGAGGAUGGUGAUGACGAUGAGUGCAUUGGCGAGCAAGCAAGAUCUGCUGGUGCUUUGCCAUCAGACGACGUUGGUAUGUUGGGCGCUGCCCAUCAUCGCAUGCGUCAAGAGACCAGUCCAUCCAAUCUCAUGAGGAGAGAAAGGGAGGAGAAGGUUAGGAGAAGAGGUGGAGAGACGGUAGAGGACAAAAAGCAGCAGGCAUCAAAGGCGGGCAGCAGACAAAGCAUAGAUGAACACGAAGAUUGGAGUGCUCACGAAAGGAGAGAACAUCAGGGUCAGUAUCGGAAUAAGGGUUCAGGCAGACGGGAGGUUAGUAUUGAAGCAAGAAGAGGCGGAGAGACGGUAGAGGACAAAAAGCAGCAGGCAUCAAAGGCAGACAGCAGACAAAGCAUAGAUGAACAUGAAGAGUGGAGUGCUCACGAAAGGAGAGAACAUCAGGUUCAGUAUCGGAAUAAGGGUUCAGGCGCACGGGAGGGUAGUAUUGAAGCAGAGAGACCAUUCUUGGGGUAUGGGGGGGGUAAGACGGCCAGAGAUGGAGCGGAAGAUGGUACUGACAUACCAGACAGAGAGGUGGCCUCGGCUAUAGCACCAGAGCGAUUGACUGGAUCAGUUGAAGGGAAUGCCAUGGAGGAUGAAGGAGGUGGUCAUCAUCGUGGAAGGGAGACAGUUGCACACAAGAUGGCACUGUCACUCGCAGAUGAGAGGCAGCUGUCAGCGGAGGCCGUUGCCGCGGCAAGGGAGAGAUAUUUGGCAAGAAAGAAGAUGCGCAAGGGAACACUGACAGUGUUCAUGGCAAACUCGUGGAGAAACCUUCGGCUACGGGAGAGAGAGCUGCUUCAGAUUCAGCGGGAGAUGAGAGAGAGACUCGCUAUGGUUGCGAAAGAGGUCGAGUCACAAAGGGCAGCCUCGGUGGCCAGGUCAGCAGCACCAUCCCAUGCAGAGCAGGGAGAGACUGUGGCUGGAGUUGUUGCAGAACAGCAGAGAGCUGCAGUUUGACUUCGAUCAGCAAGGGAGAGAGACGAGAGGAGGGGCAGGAGCAUGGGGAGGACGGUGGGAAAAAGGGAAGGAGGAGGAGAAAUAAGAUGAGUAGGGCAAGGAGGAGGAGGGCGAGGCGGUAGAAAAGGGGUGGUGUCGGGUGGUGGUUUUUUUUGGGGGGGGGGUGCGCAAUCUCCCAGUUGUUCACUGGGGAUAUCCUGUCACUCCAGGAGGAUGGGGAGGAUGGGGAGGAUGAGGGGGAAAAGGGAAGGAGGAGGAGAAAUAAGAUGAGUAGGGGAAGGAGGAGGAGGGCGAGGAGAUAGAACAGGGGUGGUGUCGGGUGAGGAACUGGGUGACGCCGACGGUGGUUAGUGAUAUUGUUUUUGUCUUCGCUCGAAUAGAACGCCCCUCGGUCAUUAUUGCUGUAUGUAGACUGAAAGCUGCCCCAAAUGCAGGUGUAAUGUGCAGACGUUCUAUUUGGGUGAAGACGGUAGUGAUAUCCAAUGGGAGGUCAAGCCAUGUUUCUGCCACGAAACAGUACGUAGAACUCUUCAGUCAAUUGCCAGGUUGCCAAUCUAUUAUCUAUUCUUGGUUCUGGCGGCAUGCAACCGGUGCGGAUUGUUUGUUUGUUUUUUUAAAUAAAAAUUUGGACCAUUU